AUGCCCAGCUCAUCUAUCCUCUCCGAAUUCACCUUCACCAAUUUAGGCCCCCUGACCACAACCUGGACUGCCCCCGCCAGCUGCGCCACCGUAACGGACGAUGUGAAAAUAGGCUAUUCCUCAUACAUAGGCCAGGCAAUCUGGGACUUGAGCUGCCAGGUUAAAGAAAACAGCUGCGUUCCAACUGGGACAUCCGAAGACCCUGCACUAGUUACCGGCUUGAGUCCAACAAACUUCUACCAAGGAGCAUACUUCUCGCCGGGCCUGUAUUGUCCAUCUGGAUGGACUACGGCUGGCGUUGCUUCGCGCAAUGGUACUCAAACUGUUACUUCGUCUGGGGAUCCAUUUAGUGUGACUUCCGCUGUGCCGACGUCUUUCGAUGUGCCUCUUAUGAACAAUCCCGCCAAUAUCCUCAUGCAACUCCUGGAACCGAAUGAGACGGCUAUAGUUUGCUGUCCGAGUUCAAUGACCGCCGGCCCCUUCAUCGGAUGCUACUCAACCCUCCCCGAUUACAAGAUAUCUACCGCCUGCAUAGACUACGUCCCGAGUGGGGAUCUCCAAGCCGUUAACCAGACAUUCUGGUACUACGGACAGACGGUCGUUGGGAAACUCUACUCGCUCACGGGUAGUGUAUCUCUCACUGACACUCAAGUCGUUACUUUCUCGCCAAGCCAGACUAGCACUCUCGUCGCAUACUCGGUUUUGCCAUUCGCGGCGUUCAUUCACAAACCCGCGGACUAUCCGGCAACUGCGACGGCGGCAGCUACGUCUAAUGCUGCGGUGAGAAUGUCAUCUACGAAGGGGUCGUGGGAUGUUAUGGGUAUUUUGGUUGUGAGUAUUCUGGGUAUGGCUCUUGGGGCUGCGAUUGUCUUGCCUGUUUGA